UGGAAUGAGUUUCUUGACGGAGUGUUUGACCAUGAUGAUGAUGAUGAUGAUGAUGAUGUUGACUGUAGUGAUCCUGUGAUAUUUAAAUUAUUAUUAUUGAAAAUCUCAUGCACCGAUCACUAUGAAUCCGAUUCGGAAUAUGAAUGUCGUGACGAUCUAUUCGAUUUAAACAGAUUCACACAACCAAUUCACGUCGGAUUGGAUUUAACAAUCGAAGGUUCAAGAAAAUUAGGACACUACCUAUUGAUCAUCAUGUGGAGGUUAAUAUUAAAAAGUCCCAUGUUAUUCCGAGUGAGAGAUGAAGCGAAAGAACAAGUCAAAUUGUUGGAGAAAUUUUGUUGCCAGAGACACGAAGAGUUUGCUAGGGAGGUUUGUUGUUCGAAUCAUCAUUUGUUUGAAGAUUCGAGUGUGGAAGUGUUUGAUGAUAUGCAGGUGUGGGCUUCCAUGAGAGAAAUUAAUAGUUCAAGACCCAAUUGUUCUGAUCCAUUACCUAAAGAUUCCAGUCAAUUUAGAAGAAAUACCUUGCAACAUGCUCUUGAGGAAGAAUCUCUUCUUCAAGAAGAUGACAUGGACCACUUGAAUACCUUGAGUGCUGUCACUUUGAAAGGUGGCAGAGGUGGUGGAAGAGGUGGACGUGGUCGUGGUGGUGGUAGAGGUGGUAGAGGAAGAGGAGGUAGAGGUAGAGGAGGACGUGGUUCAAGAGGAAGUAGAGGAUCCAGAGGUGGUAAAGGAAGUAGAGGAAGCAAAGGUGGUUCAAGAUCAUCUUCUGGAAGAGGAAGUAGAGGAAGUAGAGGAAGUGGAAGAGGUAGAGGAAGCAGAGGAAGUAUAAGUGGAUCAAGAUCAUCCUCAAGAUCUGGAAGAAACAGUGGAAGAAACAGUGGAAAGAGUAGAGGUGGAAAAGCUUCUUCGUCAUCAUCAUCUGCUUCUUCUAAGGGAGCAAGAAGAUCUGCAGCAACCAAAGCUAAAGCUACCAACAAGUCACCAACCGAUUUGGGAAGAGUUUCGGUUACUGCUAGACGAACCUCCAAAACUAAAACAACUCAACAACAACAACAACAAGAAUCCAAGGAAACUAAAAACAAUAGAACCAAAUCAGGAGGAGAAGGUUUACAUAUUCCAUUUACAAUGGAAGCUCUCAAUAUCAUGUUCAAGGCCAAGAAGAAAUUUGACGGAUUUUUAGGACCUCACACUCAAAGACUUCCUCCAAUUCCAUUCGUUUCUGAUAAACAAACAUCUUGUGUGGCAUGUAGAGUUGAUUGCCUGAAAAGAUGGAAUGGUUUGGAUAGACGUUCCAUUUUUAGUAAGUGUAAGAAACAAUUUUACUAUUAUGGAUGUGAAAAAAUUGCUCCAUGCUUGAGAACGAGAGGAAAUGGAGCAAAUUUAGAGGAAGUUGAAGGCAUGUUAGGUAUUUGUUAUGAUAGAAAUGGUUGUGAAUUGGACAGACUUGUCGCCACUCAAUAUGUCAAACUUUAUGGAAUUGAAAAUGCGUCGAGAAGAAUUGCAGCUGAUAUCAUGUCUGAAAAUCAAGAUACUCAAUAA